CGCCGUGCAGCCGCCGCAGCAAGGUUUCGAGGUCACCGAAGAGAGAGCUCCCGGCGGCGGCGGCGCGAAGCAGAGAGAGGCGAAGGAGAGAGAUGUCGAAGCGGCAGGGUCCUCCGAAGCACCAGAACAGCUACGCGUGGAAGCCCAACCUCGGCCGGAAGAUCAACGAGACCGAGCCCGGAGGCAGGUUCCGUCCUCUGUCGGAGAUCACCGGCGUCUGCCAGCGCUGCCGGGACCAAAUCGACUGGAAGCGCAAAUACGGCAAGUACAAGGCAAUUACUGAGCCCGCAAAAUGCCAGAAGUGCAGUAAACGGAACGUCCGGCAGGCGUACCACAACGUAUGCACAGGUUGCUCCAAGGAGCUUGGGAUAUGUGCCAAGUGCUGCACUUCUGUUAAGCAGCUUAUCGGAAGGGAUGCUGAGGAAGUGGACAAUGAGCGCAAAGAGCUAGAGGAGGCCAUGAGAUUUGCUAGGGAGAGGGAACGGCGCACGCUACUUCGCCUUAUGAACAAAAGCAAGGACGAGGAGAGCGGGCCAUCGGUCCCAAAGGUUGCAGACCGAGAUAGAGAAGGUGACCUUUUCCCUGUUGCAUCUCUUGAUGAAUAUGCAGAGCAAGCUAUACAGAAUGAUGAUUCUGAUGAAGAAGAGCCGGAUUUUGUAGAAGGUUAAGUUCACAAGGUUGGCACUGUAAAAGGAUUUUAGUUUUGUGCGCAGACCCUCUUACCUGGUGUUCUAACUCACUGGUGAAGUUCCAAUACUUAUUUUAUCAGAUGUACUGUCGUUUAUCAGAUCUUCCGUUGAUCAGGGUGUUACAGUUUUUACAAAUUACAACGCCCCCCAGGAAAUGCUUCUCCCAAGUGUAGGAUUCUGAGGCUGUAUUAUAUUGUUUUGUCUCCUGUUUAGCUGAAAAAUCUUUUCUCA